GUUUUUUAUUUAUUGUGAAUAACUGAGGGACUCCUAGAUUUUCUUUUGUGUUUUGCAAGUGUAGCAGGAUUGUGUUGUUUGUGAAUUAUAAAGUUAUAGUGUGUUACCGCGAGGAAAAUCGAUGAGAUUGUGUGUACAGUGGUGCGAACAAUAUGUGCAGUGUUGAUUACGAAUUUACGAAUGACAUCUGCUAGAAGAAAAACGGAAUUGCAGUAGUUAGAGGACGUGGAUUACGCAUUAUACAGGAUGAAUGUGACCGAGACGAUCCCGGUAUCGGCUCAGCCGAUGGAGAAAACGCACAGUCUGCUGGAGCCUCUGCAGCAGCCGAUGUUCCUGCAGACUCAGACUGCUCAGAUAAUCGCUGGGAUCUUCGUUUGGACCGCGCUGUUUAUCACUUGCCAACAGAUCUACCAGCACUUGCGCUGGUACACAAACCCCUCGGAGCAGCGAUGGAUAGUUCGCAUCCUGUUCAUCGUGCCCAUCUACGGCUGUUACAGCUGGAUCUCGCUGUUAUUCUUCAACGGGGACUCCUACUACGUGUACUUCUUCACAGUCAGGGACUGCUAUGAAGCGUUCGUGAUCUACAGCUUCCUGUCCCUGUGCUACGAGUACCUAGGAGGCGAGGGCAACAUCAUGUCCGAGCUGCGGGGCAGGCCCGUGCGCGCCUCCUGCGUCAACGGCACGUGCUGCCUCGCCGGCGCCACCUACACCAUCGGCUUCCUGCGCUUCUGCAAGCAGGCCACACUGCAGUUCUGUCUCGUCAAGCCUGUCUGCGCUUUCAUUAUUAUAUUCCUACAGUCUGCAGGACACUACCACGACGGUGACUGGAGCCCCAACGGCGGCUACCUGUACAUCACGAUCGUGUACAACUUCUCUGUGAGCUUGGCGCUCUACGGGCUAUUCCUUUUCCUCGGCGCCACCCGCGAGAUGCUCAAGCCGUUCGACCCCGUGCUCAAGUUCUUUACCGUCAAGUCCGUCAUCUUCCUCUCGUUCUGGCAAGGCGUCGCCCUAGCCAUCCUAGAGAAGGCCGAAGUAAUAAUGCCGAUAACGGACGCGAACAACGUCCCCACGACGGCCGGUACCGUGUCCGCCGGCUACCAGAACUUCCUGAUCUGCAUCGAGAUGCUGGCGGCGGCCGUGGCGCUGCGCUACGCCUUCCCGGCCGCCGUGUACGCGCACCAGCACCGCGACCCGCACCGCUCCGUCACCAUGCAGUCCAUCUCCAGUAGCUUGAAGGAGACCAUGAAUCCCAAGGACAUAAUGACCGACGCGUUCCACAACUUCCACCCGCAGUACCAGCAGUACACGCAAUACAGCUCCGAUGUCACUUCUCACCUGCCUUAUGAGAAACUAUAAGCUCUGCCAUAGCUGUGCUGUGCAUGAAGUGCAUUGCUGUAUUUGUGUCCGUACCAUACAUACAUACGAGUAACAUCCGAGCAUGGAAACACCAUUAACAUGGAUCAAAGCUUCUGUUAUAAUAAACUUCAAAGCGGCAUAUUAUAGUCAGGAGUAAAAUAAGAAUUGAUUUUUAACAGAAACGAAUUGACCCUCAUAUACAUAUAUGAAGAUGAGACCUACCAUUUAGGACCACCGCACACUAUCAUCUUUUGAGCGUCGACGUCUAGUCAGCGCUAUGGAAAAUGGCGUCCCUGCGCAGUUGCGCCAACGUCGCGUCGAGUAGCAGCCAUAGAGUAGACCAGACGCAGACGCUCGGGAGACGCUAGUGUGGGGUGGCCCUUAACUGAUUGCCUUAGUUUCGUAGACAUAAGGGUCAAUUCAUAACUGUGAAAAAUCUAUUCUUACAUUACUCCGACUAUACCAUUAUAGGGUCAGUGAAUAUUAGAUCUUAUUUACAAGUAAAAAUAUGAAAUUGAAAUAUCAAAGUGAUCCCAUAAGUGUUCCGAGAACCAAGUUUGGUACUACAUAAAAAAAUUAAGAAAUGUUAUAUUUAGAUUGUAUUGCCUUCAAGAUACAUUGACAAUUAUAAAAACCGGACAAGUGCGAGUCGGGCUCGCCCACUGAGAGUUCCGUACUUUAUAGUAUUUGUUGUUAUAGCGGCAAUACAUCGUCUGUGAAAAUUUCAACUGUCUAGCUAUCACGCUUCAUGAGAUACAGCCUGGUGACAGACAGAAAGACGGACAGUGAAGUAUAGGGUCCCGUUUUUACCCUUUGGGUCCGUACCCAACAACGUGACUUGAUCAAUCAAACUAUCAUCAUUUUUACAUAAUCGUCGUUCGGAAUGUAAAUGAAAUGUUUCGAAGAGGUUUUUCGGUGCUCGGCUAUUCGAAGUUAUGUUAAUAUAUCUGUUAAGAUAUUUUUAUUUUAUUUUUGUAAUUAAUGAGGUAUUUGGCUAGUCCGACGAAGCUCCUGACAACUAACUAGUUUAAAAUUACUUAAUAAUCAACUGGGUCAUAUGUGUCGCUUAACUUCUAACUCGGGUAAAUCCAUUCGAUCCUCUCAGCAAAUAUCUACCCUAUUACCUUUUCUUAAUACCAAAAUCGCAUAAUCUGACACAUGGAUUUACCCGAGUUUGAAGUUAAGCGACUAAAAUAUUCUCUAAAUAAAAAUACUUUGUUAAUACAUUCAGUUUAGAUUCCAUGAUUUCCAUGUAGUCUUACCAAAUCGGACUAAUCAUUGCCAUAAAUUAGUUUUCGUACUUACUGCCUAUAAUGCCUUGAAACGGAGUCGUAAGCAUUUCGUAGUAUUUUAAUGUUUAAUUUUCUGUGAUUUUAUUUCUUUCUUUUGUAUAUUUUUUUUGUUAUUCCAUAGUUAGCGGAUAAAAUCCAAUAGAAAAAGCUAGGCUUGAUAACGAAGAGUGGCGAAGUAAUUUUAUUUUUUAAACUAAAUUUCAUUUUAGGCUAAUUAGUGUAUAUGAGAUUGUUUUUUAUUAAUUUUAUUUGCAUGAAGACUAUGGUAUUUGUUGUGAUUUCUUACACAGGGUCGAUAACUUGGGAAAUCAUGCCUAUGUUCGAACAUAGAGACCAAAGAACGGUAUGUGAAUACAAUCCACCGUUUUCUGACUUCAAGACAGCUGUGAAUAUGCUUUGUAAUAAUUGCCCGUCUUGUAUGGAAAUAGAGCAUAAUAUUAGUUGACGUGCUAACAUUCAAUAGUCAAAACCGAUUUAAGCAGACCCAUUGGUUAAUAUAUUUGACUUACAUGUAAAUUAAAAAUAUAUAUACGUUUUUCUAUUUUAAGAUUAUUGUUAUUUUAAUACGUGACUGUUUUAAAUCUUCAAAUGAACACACCCCUUUAGUUAUAACCGUGCUGUCUAGAUAUAAGUUACAGAUUUUUCGCAGUGAACAGUUUUAAAAUGACACUUUGUACUUGGCCUCUCACUAAUAAAUAAAAGUUUAAUUUUCUCU